ACACCACAUAUACUUAUCUCUCUCACCAUCUCUAUUUAUUUUCUUCUCUCUCUCGCCGGAAGAAUAAAGCAAAAUGAUCACCGGCAAAGACAUGUACGACGUUUUAGCGGCUAUGGUGCCGCUAUACGUAGCUAUGAUAUUAGCCUACGGUUCGGUACGAUGGUGGGGAAUAUUUACACCGGACCAAUGUUCCGGUAUAAACCGGUUUGUUGCGGUUUUCGCAGUUCCUCUUCUCUCUUUCCAUUUUAUCUCCUCCAAUGAUCCUUAUGCCAUGAAUUACCACUUCCUCGCCGCUGAUUCUCUUCAGAAAGCGUUUAGCCGCAGAGGAAGCCUAGAAUGGAUGAUAACGCUCUUCUCGCUAUCAACACUACCAAACACGCUGGUAAUGGGAAUCCCAUUGCUUCGGGCGAUGUAUGGGGACUUCUCCGGUAACCUAAUGGUGCAGAUCGUGGUGCUUCAGAGCAUCAUAUGGUAUACAUUAAUGCUCUUCUUGUUUGAGUUCCGUGGUGCUAAGCUUCUGAUCUCCGAGCAGUUCCCGGAGACGGCUGGUUCAAUUACUUCCUUCCGAGUUGAUUCUGAUGUUAUCUCUCUUAAUGGCCGUGAACCCCUCCAGACCGAUGCGGAGAUAGGAGACGACGGAAAGCUACACGUGGUGGUUCGAAGAUCAAGCGCCGCCUCAUCAAUGAUCUCAUCAUUCAACAAAUCUCACGGCGGAGGACUUAACUCCUCCAUGAUAACGCCACGAGCUUCAAAUCUCACCGGCGUCGAGAUUUACUCCGUUCAGUCGUCACGAGAGCCGACGCCGAGAGCUUCGAGCUUUAAUCAGACAGAUUUCUACGCAAUGUUUAACGCAAGCAAAGCUCCGAGCCCUCGUCACGGUUACACUAAUAGCUACGGAGGCGCCGGAGCUGGUCCCGGUGGAGAUGUUUACUCGCUUCAGUCUUCCAAAGGCGUGACGCCAAGAACGUCUAAUUUUGAUGAGGAAGUUAUGAAGACGGCAAAGAAAGCAGGACGAGGAGGAAGAAGCAUGAGUGGGGAAUUAUACAACAAUAAUAGUGUUCCGUCGUACCCACCACCGAACCCAAUGUUCACGGGGUCAACGAGUGGAGUCAAGAAAAAGGAAAGUGGUGGCGGAGGAAGCGGAGUAGGAGUAGGAGGACAGAACAAGGAGAUGAACAUGUUCGUGUGGAGUUCGAGUGCUUCUCCGGUGUCGGAAGCCAACGCGAGGAAUGCUAUGACCAGAGGUUCCUCCACCGACGUAUCCGCCGACACUAAAGUGUCUCUCCCUUCUCAGGACAACCUCGCUUCUAAAGCGAUGCAGAAUCUGAUAGAGAACAUGUCACCGGGAAGAAAAGGGCAUGUGGAAAUGGACCAAGACGGUAAUAACGAGGGAAAGUCACCUUACAUGGGCAAAAAAGGUAGUGACGUGGAAGACGGCGGUCCUGGUCCGAGGAAACAGCAGAUGCCGCCGGCGAGUGUGAUGACGAGACUAAUACUGAUAAUGGUUUGGAGAAAACUUAUAAGAAACCCUAACACUUACUCUAGUCUCUUUGGCCUUGCUUGGUCCCUUGUCUCUUUCAAGUGGAAUAUAAAGAUGCCAACGAUAAUGAGUGGAUCGAUUUCAAUAUUAUCCGAUGCUGGUCUUGGAAUGGCUAUGUUUAGUCUUGGUCUAUUUAUGGCAUUGCAACCAAAGAUUAUUGCGUGCGGAAAGUCAGUAGCAGGGUUUGCGAUGGCCGUAAGGUUCUUGACCGGACCGGCCGUGAUCGCAGCCACCUCAAUUGCAAUUGGUAUUCGAGGCGAUCUCCUCCAUAUCGCCAUCGUUCAGGCUGCUCUUCCUCAAGGAAUCGUUCCUUUUGUUUUCGCCAAAGAAUACAACGUCCAUCCUGAUAUUCUCAGCACUGCGGUUAUAUUCGGAAUGCUGGUUGCUUUGCCUGUAACAGUACUCUACUACGUUCUUUUGGGGCUUUAAGUUAUAUAAUCAAAACGUAUGUGCAAA